GUGAGCCCUUAUUUGACGAGGGUCGUUUGGAUCUUGCCUCAUACGUGAUAGAGAAAGGAAGUGAGACAUGCACAUCAAGUGACUUAAUUCCAAUCCUGAAGACUCUUUAUCUCCAUCAUCUUCUUUCAGCUCCCUGAUGGAGGACUAGCCUGCGAUCAGCUUCUAUUGUCUCUCUAUCAUCACAUGUGGCGGAUCGAACCUUUUGACGACCCCAAACCGGCGGCGGACGUCGUUACCUGCAAUAGUUUCUCCACCAACAUUUUACCCGGGUGCACUCCCAUAUGUGCAAGCUGGAAGAGAAAAAGUUGGCCUUGAAGUUAUGUGCAACACCGAGCUGGAAUAUGACUACAAGUUGAGCAUCUUUUGAGGAUUUUCUUGCAAGACGGACAAAUAAGCAGAUAACUGUAUCAAGACUGUAGGGCUUAAGUGUAAACGAAGGAUUUGAAAGAUGAUGCUCAGUCCGGACCAGGCCGAGGCGGACCUCUCGUGGACUCAAUCCGACCCGGAGACGCUGUUGAGCGGCCUAAAAUCAGCGGGAUGCUCGUCCGAGGAGCCUGCGGAGGGCGACGAGCGGGCCAACAAGUGCCGGGCGGAUCAACCUCUGAGCCGCGAGGAGAAGCGACGGCGGCGGCGGGCCACCGCCAAGUACCGUUCGGCCCACGCAACUAGGGAGCGAAUCCGGGUGGAGGCGUUCAACGUGGCUUUCGCCGAGCUCCGCAAACUGCUGCCUACUUUGCCACCAGACAAGAAACUGUCCAAAAUUGAAAUCCUCAGACUGGCUAUCUGCUACAUCUCCUAUCUCAACCACGUCCUGGACGUUUAAAAAAUGUACACGCAUACAUUUGGCCUUUGAGAUUUUUUGACCAGUGUUUUCCCCCCAGUUUUCAAAUCUUCCCCUUUCGCGUAGUGUUAAACGGGUGGAAAAUGAUUUGAAAACAUUUCUGCCCCCUCUAUACAGAACGCAACAGGCUCGGGCUCGUUUUGGCAGAUUGGAUGCAAUUGCUGCGUCAUUAUUCCAGAUCACUAGCGGCGGGAGGCCGGCACGUGGCCCAGGGGCAUUCACGGGCCACACUGUGACACGAUGGAUGCAAAGCAAGUGCACGUACAGUCCCGAUUCGGGAAUAAGUCCCCUAUGAAUUGAAAAGUCCCAAAUUCAUUAUAGAUGUGGAACUGGAAAGUCAGAUUAUCAAUUGUAGUUGGGGAAGAAUGAGAAAAAGUGCCACUUUUGACGUAUAAAACGGCGACCUUAAAAUGUUACUAUUUCUGGUGAGUGCAAAAUUAUUUAUUUGAUUGUGUUGCUAUUUAAGACUAAACUUAUUUAUGUUUACCUCGGGCGCGCGUGUGUGUAUUUAUUUGUGCUUCGCUAUUUUAGACUGUGCGUGGAGUUGGAAAGUGGUGGUCCUCUUUAAAAUUGCACUUUCUGUUUUUGUUUUUUUUUAUUAUUAUUAUUAUUUAUUUAUUUCACGUGAGUCUUAUGUAUGUUUUUUUCUUACUCCUAUUAUCAUCAUCAUUUGAUGUCUAUUGUCUAUCAAUAGCAACGAUAAGCACUUCAAGAUGGAGCCCAACAGCUCUAUAAAAUAUUUAUUUCCUUAUAGUUAAGAGGUUAGAAAUGGACCGCUUCUAUUAUUCAUUUUCAAAACGAUUAUGGCAAACGGUUUCCACCACGGAGGGAUUGACACGAUUCAACCUCUUUUUUGCUGUGACCAAAAAACUAAUGAUUCACUAGAAGUACUCUGAAUUUAUUAUGUUGAAUCUUUUAAUGUUAUUGGGAGGGUAUUUCUUUAUUUGUCUCUGCUUUGUAUUUGGAAAUUAAUUAUGUGUUUUUUCUAGUGAAGAGAAAAAAAAACAUAUCCUCUAUCCAAAGAUUUUUUUGUCUCUUCAGGGUUGUGUAGACUACUUGUUGCUUAUAUGCACAUCUUUUGUAGUAGAGCUAUUGUGUGACUGAUGGUUUCUAAAGGACACACUUUUCAUAUUUUCAAUUAAA